AUGGAAACACCCGCUCUCCCCCCUGUCCCACCUCCUGGAUCAACUCAUUUGCUGGGUAAUUCUGCGCUGGAGAACAUGCCGCCUGAGCUCCGCAUUCACAUUCUGGAGUCGCUGGAUUUUGUGUCUCUGCGUUCAUUGGUCCGCGCCUCUCCCUCCUACCAUGCAACCUACUUAAAUGUAGGGAGGGAGGGAGUCUUAAGUCAUAUUGCCGUACAGCAGUUGGACCCCCGAAUCCGCGCCCACGCUCUAGCGGCUGUCCGCUCCGCAACAUUUUAUGAGACCCGACGCCAGCUGGUGGAAGUUAAAAGAACACUCACUUUCUUCGAUGAUCACAACCGCGCUCGCACUGACAGCGCCGACUCAAGCUCUGGAUGGCUAUCCUUUCGCAGCAUGGCUGAGGUGCUGGAUUUGAUUCAUCUGCAUGAGACAGUCAAGCAUUUGGUUUUCCAAUACUGUCUCUCUAUUACCUCCAUAAUGCCGCAGGGACAGCAGCCCUUCAAUUUGUCGCAGAUGGAGGAACUCCGGCUUCACAGAGCGAUGUAUCGCUUUUGGGUCUAUUGCAAUUUCUUUGGCAACAAUCCACCUAUGUUUGAGCAAAGUCUGCUGCCGCAUGGGGCAAGAGAUCAACAUCCACGCAUGCGAUUUCUCCCAUCUAUGCCAACAUGGGAAGUCGUAGAGAUGGCGUGCAUCUGGCAGUAUUUUUACAGGCUAUGGGCAUUCGUCCAGCCAGGGUCCUCGAAAGGUAGGUUGGGCGGCUGUGGUAAUUCGAGGCUGUAUCUGUUGGAGCUGGCUGUACGCCGCCGUAGAGGUCAUGGUGGUUCUGAUGAAAAUUCUGCCCCUGGGCCAUCUCACGACAAAGCCAACCAAGCCAAGCCCUGCGAUGACCAGGACGAAAGACUUGGUAGGUACUUUACACACGUGAGGCCGCACUUUCUGUCAAAAAUUCGGUGGAAGGAGUCGCAGAAUUGGGCUUUCAGAUCUGGCCAGGAUGGACGCGUAACCGUGUGUAUGCCAUUUGAUCUACAUGAUCCCUAUCCUUUGGACCAUUUCGUCCAUCCAGCCGACAAAUAUGCACACCCAGACAUCCUCGCGCGGUUGCCCCAAAUGCCAGAAUCCGAGCAGCCCAGUCAUGGUUGGAAAUGGUUCUGUCACGAAUACAAGGUCCCGGCGCUUGGAGUAGGCCCUUGGGCGUGGCAGACGGUAGGGAAGUAUAUUGCCGUCGACGAGAAGGGACGCGAGUUGAUGUGGGGAUGCCCUUUCUGGGACAAGGAAAGACUGGACAGGCGGGGCGUGGUCACGUCUUCCUCAUGCAAAGAGAAGAAGAACGAGAACGAAAACGAAAACGAAAACGAGGCAGAUGAGAGCUAUGGUUUGGGAGAAGAUGGUUGCUUUCUGUUUGGGGAAGACGGGAGCUAA